AUGGGAGAAGACCUAACGCCGCGCCGGCGGCGUGAAGCGGCGCCGCCGGGCUCCCCUCGGCGGGGCUUGCGACGUUUGCGGGCAUCAGAAGAGUCUGAGAAACGAUGGACAUAG